AUGGCGUGGAAUCGCCACGCCAUCGCGCAGACGCGGCUACGGAAGCACGUCGCGUCGAUGGCGUGGGGCGCCCGAGAUUUGAUUUCCCACAGGUACCUGGAGAACGAGUUCGCGAAGAUGGACCGCAUGCGGGACGACGCCCUGGCGCGCGGCAUCCGAACUUUGAAAGUCACGUACGAGGAUCUCGUCGAGGACAAGGGCGCGGGCCUGGAACGCGUCGCGAAAUUUGUUUCGGCCGGCACGGGCUGCGACGCGGCGGGCUUCACGUACACGGGCGAGGAGGCGUCCUGGCACGUCGUCCACCCGCACCCCAUGUCGUCCUACGUCGCGGACUGGAAGGAUGUUGUAUCAACAUUGCGCGGGACGCGCUUCGAGAAAUUCCUGGCCAUGGACGGGUCGUCGGCGGGCUAG